CGGGAGAGAGAGAAGCGAAAUGACAUUUCCUCUUUAAAUAGCUGGAGCCCGGGCCGCGUCUAGAAAUGGCCGCGUCGGCAGAUUUAAGUAAGUCUUCCCCAACACCGAAUGGAGUUCCAUCUUCAGACACAGCCAGCGAUGCCAUGGACCCCUUGCAUGCUUGCAGUAUUCUUAAGCAACUCAAAACAAUGUACGAUGAAGGACAGCUGACAGACAUUGUAGUGGAAGUGGAUCACGGGAAAACAUUUUCCUGUCAUAGAAACGUUCUUGCUGCAAUCAGCCCUUACUUCAGAUCCAUGUUCACUAGCGGCCUUACAGAAAGCACUCAAAAAGAAGUUCGAAUUGUUGGUGUUGAAGCCGAGUCGAUGGAUUUAGUGUUGAACUAUGCCUAUACCUCCAGAGUUGUUCUGACAGAGGCCAAUGUUCAAGCCUUGUUCACUGCAGCUAGCAUCUUCCAGAUUCCCUCCAUCCAAGACCAGUGUGCUAAGUACAUGAUCAGUCAUUUGGACCCACAAAAUUCUAUCGGGGUCUUCAUCUUUGCUGAUCAUUACGGUCAUCAGGAACUUGGAGAUCGAUCUAAAGAAUACAUUCGUAAAAAGUUCCUGUGUGUCACCAAAGAACAGGAGUUUCUUCAGCUGACAAAAGACCAACUGAUAAGUAUCCUAGACAGUGAUGAUUUAAAUGUAGACCGGGAAGAGCAUGUUUAUGAGAGUAUUGUAAGGUGGUUUGAACAUGAACAGAAUGAAAGAGAAGUGCACCUUCCAGAAAUUUUUGCCAAAUGCAUACGUUUUCCUCUGAUGGAAGACACCUUUAUAGAGAAAAUUCCACCUCAGUUUGCACAGGCUAUCGCCAAAAGCUGUGUGGAAAAGGGACCAGCCAGUCCCAAUGGCUGUACACAGAGACUUGGAAUGACUGCAUCGGAAAUGAUCAUAUGUUUCGACGCAGCCCACAAACACUCAGGAAAGAAGCAAACAGUGCCUUGUCUAGAUAUAUUCACAGGAAGAGUGUUCAAACUAUGCAAACCACCAAAUGAUCUGAGAGAAGUUGGAAUUCUUGUAUCACCAGAUAAUGAUAUUUACAUUGCAGGAGGGUACAGGCCAAGCAGCAGUGAGGUAUCCAUUGACCACAAGGCAGAAAAUGAUUUCUGGAUGUAUGACCAUUCCACCAACAGGUGGCUUUCCAAACCCUCCUUGCUUCGAGCCAGAAUAGGCUGCAAACUGGUGUACUGCUGUGGUAAGAUGUAUGCAAUCGGAGGGCGUGUCUAUGAAGGUGAUGGAAGAAACUCACUAAAAUCUGUGGAGUGCUAUGACAGCAGAGAGAACCGCUGGACUACUGUUUGCGCCAUGCCUGUUGCAAUGGAGUUUCAUAAUGCCGUGGAAUACAAAGAGAAGAUCUAUGUUUUACAGGGAGAGUUUUUCCUCUUCUAUGAGCCUCAGAAAGACUACUGGGGUUUCUUAACCCCCAUGACUGUGCCUAGAAUCCAGGGCUUAGCAGCGGUAUACAAGAACUCUAUCUACUACAUAGCUGGAACCUGUGGAAAUCAUCAGCGGAUGUUUACUGUAGAAGCCUAUGAUAUUGAGCUCAAUAAGUGGACUCGUAAGAAGGACUUUCCAUGUGAUGAGUCCAUAAACCCAUACCUUAAACUGGUACUUUUCCAGAAUAAACUCCAUUUAUUUGUUCGAGCUACUCAAGUGACCGUUGAAGAACAUGUCUUCAGAACCAGCAGAAAAAAUUCCCUUUACCAGUAUGAUGAUAUCACUGACCAAUGGAUGAAAGUGUAUGAGACCCCAGAUCGCCUCUGGGACCUAGGCCGGCAUUUUGAAUGUGCUGUUGCUAAGCUGUAUCCUCAGUGUCUUCAGAAAGUACUUUAAUGAAUGGCAGGCCUUAGUGAGCUCACCGGCAUCUUGUGCUGGAGGAAACUUAGUCUUUCAGUGAUAAGAAGUGCUGUCAGUAUUUAAGAAAGCUGAAGAGAGUUUACAUGUGGAGAUGGGUGCUGUUUGAGAUGACUGUAGGGAGGGAUUUCUUUUCAUCCAUGUGAUGUUUUCAUUUCAGUAAGCAAAAGGUAACAAAGUGCAAUUAUCAGCAUUUUUUUUUUUUCUGGUAUAAAAGUAAUCACAUCAUUCUAGAAUUGUGUGAUGAAUAGUCACUGAGAUACCAGACGAAUUGACAACUAUGCACUCUUAGAAGAGCAGUUAGGGUACUAUGGAUUAGAGACAUCCAAAAUAGUUUGAUGUGACUUUUUAUUUUAAAUACGGGUAAAAAUUUGAGGCAAUAUCACUAGGACUUUAGCUGUGACCUCUCUGCUACAGAGACGCACUAACUUAGAUCCUCAUUCUGAAUAUGUGUAUAUUUUGUGUACUGUUUUCACGUUUACUGGAUUUAAAUGUGUUAUUAGAGUAGUUUGAAGGAAAAACAAAUCAGUCUCAGAAAGAGCUUUUAGUUGGAUUAUUUUAUAUUUCCCAUGUUACUUUAAGUUAAGCUAAAGUUUUAAAGUAGUUUUGUGUUGACAGUUUUUUCAAGUGCUAACACUGUCUCAUUUUUUUUUUUUUUUUUAAUCUGGAGUAGAGUUCAAAUUCAAAGGUGGCUGGUGCUAGUAUAAUUUAACUCAUGUGUAUAGUUAGGUGUAUUUCAAAUGUCUGAGCCUAUGCUUACCUUUCAAAUUGGUAUGUUAGUUUCAUGACCAUAGUACUUGACCUGCUGAACUCUUGUGAUUUCACAAGAUUCUCUACUUACAUGAUGGCAAGCUAUGGCUAGUUACUGGUCUAACUGGAUUCAAUCUGAGAAUAGUGAAAAGACUAUUAUCCUCAUUUUGCACUAACAUGGGGCAUUUUGUUGCCUAACCUCCUUUCCAUCCUCUACCUGUCCAUUCAUUAUCGGUACAAACAGAGCAGAAUGUGAAGUUUUAACUCCUACUUUUAAAAUUCUGUUUUCCAGAAACAUAAAACUCCUGCAAUAGUCUCAUUUAAUGUCUUUUGCAUUACCUAUGACAAUUAAAACCUCAUUUAAAAAAAUUUUUUUGCACUUAACAGUUAUGAAUAGUUUUGCAUUGAAAACCUUUGUUCUAACUGCAGGUGACUGAGAAGGAAAAGUGUGAGUGAAUAGAACCGUAGCAUUAUAGGUACUAAAUCAUUUUUCAUAUUUAACUGAUUAAUUUCUAACAGAAAUACUCACAGAGAGGACAAACCAACUCAUGUGUUAUACCUAAGGCAGAUAUUUAGAUCAGUAACUUAUUUUUUACUCUUCCCAGAAUAAGUAAUAAAGGAUAUAAGUAUAGCCAGAGUCUGUCCUUAACUGGAACAUUUUGAUUCCCUUAAAGAAAACAAACUGGCACGGUUUGUAUUAAAAACUCUUGCACAAAUUGUAAUGUGAUACUGUGAAACAAAUCGAAAACAUUGCCUCUUUGCAUCACAUACCUCGUUUUUCGGAAACUUUCCAAACUGCUUGUCUUAGCUCUCUACAAGCAGGGAAUGUUUCCUGAAGCCGAAUUGAAAGUGGACAGCAUUUAGAGAAUUGACAUUUUAAAAUCCAGUCUUGGGAAGCUGGGUACAUGCUUUCUUCUUGCUGGCCUUGGUAGUGUGUCUAUAGUCUCCUUACUGACUGUCAACUAAUCACCUAUUCUUUUUCUUCUCAGUUUUUCUUUAUCUUCGUGCUGUUUUGGGGCUUUUUCUGUGAGCAUUUUGAAGCAUCUACACCGUGAUGCAUUGCCAAGGGGAGGAAAAACCAAACUAAACAUUAUAAGAGAUGUUCCCAUAAUUUAUUUUUGAAAGCUUUGUUGCUUCCUGAGACUUCUGCCGCUUUUUGACAAUCUCCUGUAUUUAUUUAGAACACUGUGUUACUUGAAAACAUGACAUUAGACAUUAACAAUUUACAUGUGCCGUGUGAUGUAUAGGAGUACAAUGUACUGUGGUUAAUUCUGCAGUCGAUUUAUUCUAUUGAUCUGCACAACAGUUGAUCCUCUAACAAUUGAUCCUAUAACAGUUUAUAUUGAGGGUGUGAUCUAAGGAUAGUGUGUCAAAGCCAAGGUUUAGAAUUUGCUAUGGAAGUAUCAAUAGAAUAUAUAUUGAAUUUUGUAUGAAUAACUAUUUGUUUAAAUUAUAUAGCUGGGAUAUUUUGCCACUUUUCAGAUGAUUUCAGAAGAGGUUCUAGAAAACUAAGAUUAGUAAUAUGUGUGGGUCUGUGUUUAGGUAUUUAAGGUACAUUUGCUUAGUAUGAUGAGAAUAUAAGUAAAAGGCAUAAUGGGUACUAUAGAAUUAAAAUAGAGGGUGACAGACGCCAGUUCCACUUGAGCUUUGUUUUUGCAUUUGAAGAAAGUAUGUAGCACUUUCCUAUGUAUUUUUUAUACAUUGAAAACUGGAUGUGGUAUAACUAUGUUAUAGGGAAGUAGAAAUUGUAUUCUUUAUUUUCCAUCUUUGUUUUCUGUUAUCCUACAAAGUUGAUGCUUAAGCAUCAAGCUGAUUUCAUGGGUGCAUGAGAGAAAGUGGAUGUGAUCUUGCAAGGAAUCAGAUUUUCUACGUGAAACAGUUUAAAAUGGCAUUCGAUGUUCUGUGCUCAGGUAUGUAGUUAAGUACUGUAGUCCUUUGGGGGCAAAUGUGUAGAUAUUUUUAAACAUUUUGCCAUAAUUGCACAAUUUUUUGCAUUUUUACCUGAUGGCAUUGUUUCUUGUAAUAAAACUUUUUCUGACGGAAAA